AGACACUUCCUGUGGCAGAGAAAAGAGGUAGUGAGCUGGUGUUUCAGGAUGUGAGGGCCCACAGGAGCAGAGCUGAGCUCUCUCCACUGCCUACCAGCCACCGUGAGAGCUCUGGUCGGUGCUGCCCACAGUCCCUGUGGUGGGUGGCCCCGUGGCGGGGACCGGUGAUCAGCGGCAGUAUGCCAGGGAAGCCCAAGCACUUGGGUGUCCCCAACGGGCGCAUGGUUCUCGCUGUCUCCGAUGGAGAGCUGAGCAGCACCGUGGGUUCCCAGGAUCAGGGUGAGGGUCGGGGCAGCUCCCUCAGCAUCCACAGCCUCCCCAGUGGCCCCAGCAGCCCCUUCUCCACUGAGGAACAGCCGGUAGCCAGCUGGGCCCUGUCCUUUGAGCGACUACUGCAAGACCCACUGGGCCUGGCUUACUUCACUGAAUUCCUGAAGAAGGAGUUCAGUGCAGAGAACGUAACUUUCUGGAAGGCCUGCGAGCGUUUCCAACAGAUCCCAGCCAGCGACACCCAGCAGCUAGCUCAGGAGGCCCGCAGCAUCUACCAUGAGUUCCUGUCCAGCCAGGCACUGAGCCCCGUGAACAUCGAUAGGCAGGCCUGGCUCAGCGAGGAGGUGCUGACCCAGCCCCGGCCGGAUAUGUUUCGAACACAGCAGCUUCAGAUCUUCAAUUUGAUGAAGUUCGACAGCUAUGCGCGCUUCGUCAAGUCCCCGUUGUACCAAGAGUGCCUGCUGGCGGAGGCCGAGGGCCGCCCACUGCGGCAACCUGGCGGCUCACGCCUCGGCAGCCCUGACACCACCAGGAAGAAGCCGAAGCUGAAGCCUGGGAAGUCGCUGCCGCUGGGCGUGGAGGACUUGGGGCAGCUGCCACUUGCUGAGGGCCCCUGUGGCCGCCCGCUUCGCAAGUCCUUCCGCAGAGAGAUGACGGGUGGAGCCAUGAACUCUGCCUUGCGUCGGGAAUCUCAAGGAUCCCUGAAUUCCUCGGCAAGUCUGGACCUCGGCUUCCUUGCCUUUGCCAGCAGCAAAUCUGAGAAUCAGAGCCACCGAAAAAGCCUUGGGAGUGGAGACGGUGACAGUGAAAGUCGGCCAGGGAAAUACUGCUGCGUGUACCUGCCUGAUGGCACAGCCUCCUUGGCCUUGGCUCGACCUGGCCUCACCAUCCGUGACAUGCUGUCAGGCAUCUGUGAGAAGCGAGGCCUCUCUCUACCUGACAUUAAGGUCUACCUGGUGGGCAACGAACAGAAGGCUCUGGUCAUGGAUCAGGAUUGCACUGUGCUGGCGGACCAGGAAGUACGGCUGGAAAACAGGAUCACCUUCCAGCUGGAGUUAGCAAAGCUGGAGCGUGUGGUGCGGAUCUCUGCCAAGCCCACCAAGCGUCUGCAGGAGGCGCUGCAGCCCAUCCUGGCGAAGCACGGCCUGAGCCUGGAUCAGGUUGCUGUACACAGGUCAGGAGAGAAACAACUGCUGGAUCUGGAGAAGCUGGUGAGCUCAGUGGCUGCACAGACACUAGUUUUGGACACUCUUCCAGGUGCAAAGAUGCAUGAAGUGAGCAACAUAUCCCCCUGCCAUAGCCAGGGAUGGUCUCCUAGAACCCAGAACAAGGACACUCAUCUCCCUCCAUUGCCCCCCAGUUUGUUGGUGGAGGAUGCUGGCAAUUCCUCUGGGAAACGGCAGACCUGUGACAUUGAAGGUCUGGUGGAGCUGCUAAACCGGGUGCAAAGCAGUGGAGCCCAUGACCAGAGAGGCCUUCUUCGCAAAGAGGACUUAGUACUUCCAGAAUUUCUGCAGCUACCAGCCCAAAGGCCUGGCUCUCAGGAGGCCCCACCAUAGACUGAAUCAGCUGCCCAGCCCAAGGAGAGCCAUACAGACUCCACUGCCCAUUCAACCCUCCAACACCUGUGUAACAGUCCAGGCUGGCUGCAUGGUGCCUGGGUAGACCAAGCAUGCCAUGGGUCAACUCUGCAUGCAUGAGUGUCCCUGGCCCCUUCCUGCUAUGGGCAGGCCCACAGGAGGAGCUAGGAGGGGAUUGAGAGGGGACUCAAAGAAGCCAUACCCCAAAGCUGUGGCCACCUGGUCUCUCAGAGGCUUAUCUACCCAUCCCUUGAAACUAGGCCAUUUGGGGUGAGGGGUCUAGCCCUUUGGUACAGGCAUGCCCCACCUAGAGGAGUGACUUUGGCAGUGCCAGCCUCUUCAAUUUGUUCCAAGUUUAGCAGGGGGCAGGAGGAGGGGCUGGCCCCUCCUUAAGGAGCUGAUAUGAGUAAGGCCUGGAAGUGCUGAUGGGCAACUCCUCCCUCCAUCCACAUAGACUCUACUGUACAUAGGGAUUUUAUGGUUGGCUUGGGGAAGCUGAGUUUGUCCUGGAUGUAUGGUAUUGUUAUUAUAAUAAUUAUUAUUAUUCUGUCAUGA